UUUUCAUAAGCUUCUGUUUAGUGUAAAUUUACUGUAAAUAAGUUUCAACCUUUGGAACAUUUGUUCUGUCUGCUAUGUCCUGUUCAUCUCCCAAAUCAACUACUAUCUAUUCUCUUCCGUCUUCACUUCCCUUAAUCAUUUAUUUAUUUAACCAACAAAAAGUUAAAAAGAAAGAAAAAAAUAUCUGACUUUGAUUGACCGGUUCAAAUAAUCUUUGAUUCGUUCAUUUUUGUGUUGCACAUGAUUCCACUUCUGCUCCCGGUUUCAUUUGUUCUCUCUCUUUUUGUGUGGUUGACCCCUAUCUGUUAGUACUUAAGCUUCUUUUCUUUUGAUAGAUAGUUCAAAAUUCACGUUUUUCUUUACUGAUUGCAACUACAAAGAUGAAGAUUUGUCAUGUGCUACUUGAGCAUAAUGCACGUUGUUGUUAUGUCAGCGGUUGAUGUCAGUGGAAAAAUGGAUUUGGCAUCUGUUCUUUUGCUAUUAACUAGCUUAUGCUCUUCUUCUGCACUGGCUGAGCUUGAUUCACAAGAAGAUGCACUGUAUGCAUUGAAGGUAUCAUUGAAUGCUUCUCCCAACCAGCUUACAAACUGGAACAAAAAUCUAGUAAACCCUUGUACUUGGUCCAAUGUUGAAUGUGACCAGAAUAGCAACGUUGUUCGAAUUUCACUAGAAUUUAUGGGAUUCACAGGAUCAUUGACACCAAGAAUAGGAUCUCUAAAUAGUCUUACAAUUCUUUCUUUGCAAGGGAAUAACAUCACUGGUGACAUACCAAAAGAAUUUGGAAAUCUUACAAGCUUGGUCAGAUUGGAUUUGGAAAACAACAAAUUAACUGGUGAAAUACCAUAUUCACUUGGUAAUCUUAAAAAGCUUCAAUUCUUGACAUUGAGUCAAAACAAUCUCAAUGGGACUAUUCCAGAAUCACUUGCCAGUCUCCCAAGCUUGAUCAAUGUUAUGCUAGAUUCAAAUGAUCUCAGCGGGCAGAUUCCUGAGCAGUUAUUCAGCAUUCCUACGUACAAUUUCACUGGAAAUAAUUUGAACUGUGGUGUGAAUUAUCUUCAUCUUUGCACAUCUGAUAAUGCAUAUCAAGGUUCGUCACAUAAAACAAAAAUAGGCCUCAUAGUUGGAACAGUUACAGGUUUAGUUGUUAUUCUUUUUCUUGGUGGCCUGCUGUUCUUCUGGUACAAGGGGUGCAAGAGUGAAGUUUAUGUAGAUGUUCCAGGUGAAGUCGAUCGCCGAAUUACAUUUGGUCAAAUAAAAAGAUUUUCCUGGAAAGAACUACAGAUAGCUACAGACAACUUCAGUGAGAAAAAUAUUUUAGGACAGGGAGGUUUUGGAAAGGUUUAUAAAGGUAUUCUAGCUGAUGGCACCAAAGUUGCUGUCAAAAGGUUAACCGAUUAUGAAAGUCCUGCGGGUGAUGCAGCUUUCCAGCGUGAAGUGGAGUUGAUAAGCAUAGCUGUCCAUAGGAACCUGUUACGGCUCAUUGGUUUUUGUACUACUUCAACUGAACGCCUCUUAGUUUAUCCCUUCAUGCAGAACUUAAGUGUUGCCUAUCGUCUACGAGAACUCAAACGUGGGGAAGCCGUUUUAGAUUGGCCUACCAGAAAACGAGUGGCUCUAGGAACAGCCCGUGGCCUAGAAUAUCUUCACGAGCAAUGCAAUCCUAGGAUUAUUCAUAGGGAUGUGAAGGCAGCUAAUAUAUUACUUGAUGGAGAUUUUGAAGCAGUUGUUGGUGACUUUGGUUUAGCAAAAUUAGUUGAUAUUCGACAUACUAAUGUGACAACUCAAGUUCGUGGGACAAUGGGUCAUAUAGCUCCAGAAUACUUGUCCACUGGAAAAUCUUCAGAAAGGACAGAUGUUUUUGGUUAUGGGAUUAUGCUUUUGGAGCUCGUAACAGGUCAACGUGCAAUUGACUUUUCACGUUUGGAAGAGGAAGAUGACGUGUUAUUGCUUGACCAUGUUAAGAAACUGCAACGGGAGAAAAGACUAGAGACUAUUGUUGACUGCAACCUUAAUAAAAAUUACAACAUGGAAGAGGUUGAAAUGAUUGUACAAAUUGCAUUACUCUGCACACAAGCAUCGCCUGAGGAUCGUCCAGCAAUGUCAGAGGUUGUAAGAAUGUUAGAGGGAGAAGGGCUAGCUGAAAGAUGGGAGGAAUGGCAGCAUGUGGAGGUCAAUACAAGGCAAGAUUAUGAGAGACUGCAAAGAAGAAUGAACUGGGGAGAAGAUUCGGUUUAUAACCAAGAUGCAGUUGAGUUAUCGGGUGGAAGAUGAGAAGAUACAUAAAUUUAGACCAUUACAAUUGAUGUUGUAUCACAUUAUCCCUUCUUAAGAGGUUAAUUCGAUUAGAAACAGACAUAACAUAGGUGUUAUUGUAUUCCGAGUGUAAAAAUAUAGGUAAUAAUCUUCAUAUUCCGAUUAUUAUGCUGGUUAUGAAAUUAUUUUUUUCUUUAA